UAGUGGUUAGCAUAGCUGCCUUCCAAGCAGUUGACCCGGGUUCGAUUCCCGGCCAACGCAAUGCUUUUAAAGUUUUUUUUUUCCAUCUUUCAUCACAGUUUAGUCACCUCUGCAUGUUGUAUUCAGUUCUAGUAAUUAAAGUACUUGGCAUUUAUCCAUGGCCUUUAGAUUUUUUUAAGUUUAAGAACUUGGACCAUACAAAAUGUUGAAAACAUAACUUCUUAAAAAUUGUUAUGAUUGAAUUUUUUGACGAGGAUAUGCUUUACAGUUCUGUUCUUGGAGCUGCAAUUUCAUUUUGUUACUCUGCUUGCUGCUGUUAAUCCUGCUUACCUUCUUUUUCCUUUCGUUGCCAUGGAUAUACUAUUUCUAUGGCAACUGCAUGCCUUUGUGGAUGGCCUCAGGCCCCCUCCGUAGAAGACUCUCUGAACCUUUCAUUACACUUUUACUUAAAGCUCAUAGACAAAUCAUACAAGUCACACAUGGUUUUACUCCAUCUUUCAUUCUGGCCUUUUAGUUUUCCUUCUGAACUUUUUUUUUUUCUUUUGUCUUUUGCCAGUCGUGCAACUGGCAUUCAGUCAUUAACUCCAAAUAGCACAGCUGCUUUGAGAGUUGUUUUUUAUUCCUCGGUAAAUUACACCCCAGGAUCUCACUUUGUGAAUCAUGACACUUGAUGCCACUGUAGAAAGCUGAUCAGAUUUGUAUGACUCGUUAGCCAUGCAAGUCAAGACCUCAAGCUUUCUAAUCUUCAACGGUAACAGAAACCAGAGCUCCACUUCAAAGAUACAUGAGAAGUCCUUGGAAACAGAAAAUAGAGAUGCUUCACCAGAAGAAAGUGAUCAAUGUAAGAGAGAGUGAAUGAUGGGAAGGGAGUGAAGCUUCAGGGAAUGACAGUGCUCUUCCCAGCGGCACUGCAGGCUUCCAUCUGUCUGUGCAUGGCAGGUGGGGCUCUCCACCUGCUGAAUGAACCCUGUCAGUGUUGGGGGGUACCAUGGGCUACGGGUGGGCUCGUCUCUGCUCAGCAUUGUGGCUGGCUGCAUUAUUAUCGGCGUGUCCCGGGAGUGUGAUGCUGAUGCUGUGGGUGGAAUAUUCCUGGGAGCCGGAGGCCUUGGGCUGCUCAUAUCAGUCUAUCCCUUCAUAAAAGCCUGGCUGAACAUCAACAACAUUCUCCCAUACUUUGGAAACUUCAGAGUUCACCCCACAGCAGUCACUCCAGCUCCUGAUUUACCGGCCGAAACUCUGAGACGAGAAGGAACUCAAGUCCAGCUGGAACGUUCAAAGAGUCGCAUGGGAACCUUCGUGGAGGGUGGGCCAAUACCUGGGAACAGUCCUGAUGAGGGGGCUUCUUCAGACAUGCCAGAUGUCCUAGCGAGACGGAAACUGAAGCAAACAUCUUCCGACCAAGACCUGCCAUGAUCUCAUCAGUUGGGACGUCAGACCAAAGUGACAUUUAGACCCACUUGCUUUCCAGUUGCUGUGUGAGCUGAACUGUUGAGAACUCCUUCAAGUUCUGUUGUCUAAUAAAUCCACUGAGAUUAAAUUA